AUAACUUUCCCUUUUCUUGUUCAUCUUGCUUGUAGAAAGGCAGAACCUUUUGCUCCCAAAAAAAUUGUUAAAAAAUUUUGAUUUUUUUCCCCUUCUAACUAAGAUUUCAAUGGGUUUUUCUUAGAUUGGUCUCUAGUCAUUUUCUUACAUCCCAGAAGAAAAACCCUUUUGUUCAUGGCGGUAUCUGCAUUUAAAAUCACUACUCUACAGUGACUUUGCUGUUUGCGGUGGGAUUGACAAAAAAAUGAACUUUGUUGGAUCUAGUAAUAAAAGUAUGUACUGGACUGCCGGAGACUAAAGUUAAGCCUUUUGCAGGUUUCAGUUGAUGGAAGCUAAAAUCAUUCCUCCAAAUCUGCUAUCCAACAAUCACAAUUUAGAGCGGCUGAUUUGGAAGGGGUUUCCAAAUUUUUCCGUGGAACCCCAUUUGAUUCAAGAACCCAUCGAGGUGUGUCAUUGCUAAGGAAAGCAGCGUAAAUUCGAAAGAUGGAGUGUAAUAAAGAUGAAGCUACGAGGGCAAAAGAUAUUGCUAUCAGAAAGUUCACUGAGAAAGAUUUUGCCGGUGCUAAGAAGUUUGCUCUCAAGGCUCAGACUUUGUAUAGCAGGCUUGAGGGAAUUACGCAGAUGAUAGCCACGCUUGAAGUGUUUUUAUCAGCCGAGACUAAAAUGAAUGGAGAGAUGGAUAUGUAUGGCGUACUUGGCGUUAGUCCACUUGCUGAUGACGAUACCAUAAGAAAACACUACAGAAAACUUGCACUUCAGCUGCACCCGGAUAAAAAUAAGUUCAUCGGCGCUGAUGGUGCUUUCCAGAUUGUGACUCAAGCUUUUAAUUUCUUAUCUGAUAAAUCUAAGAGAGCUGCUUACAACAGUCGACGCAAUGUCAAAACUUAUGUGCAGAAAAGUCCGUGUCAGACUAGUGUCUCAAAAGGGUCUGCAGGUAGUGGGCAUCAGCCGAAGUUUGCAACCCAUGCUGGGUUUUCAGUGCCAUCAUCCGGUACAAGUAGAUCAGAUCAAAAGGUUCCUACUCAAAGAGGCGUUUCUGGUUCUAGUAAUUCCGCCCCGAAGGUCCCUAAUCAAAGUGGAAAGUCUGCAGUCCCUCCAGGGGUUAAUGGUUAUCAUAAAUAUACGGGUUCCACCUCUUCAAAUGUGAAAGCACCAAAAAGCAAUAGUCGGAAAUCUUCUCCGUCUGUUCAAUCAUAUUUCAAGAAAACCGACACGUUCUGGACCAUAUGCACUAGGUGCAAAAUGCAAUACGAGUACAUGCGAGUGUACCUGAAUCAGAUUCUUAAAUGUCCGCAUUGUCAAGUGGGGUUUAAAGCUGUUGAAGUACAUGCACCCUCAAAUAUCGGACCAAUUCAACCAGAUGAACGAAAGUCGUCUUCAACCUCAGCACAUCAGAUGCCCGGGUUUAAUAAUUCGUUUGGUGCGGCAAGUAAUCAUUGGAGUUCUCAUUCUGGAACAGCUCAUAACGGCACACUUCACAAUAAUUACUCCUUUGCUGAGAAAGGCAAGAGCGAAUAUGAGGCUGCUGGUAAACGGAAAGGUGACUAUUCUGGAUUUGUGUCAACCGGAGAGGGUCCGAAGAAGAUGAGAGAAAUAGAUGAUCUGAUGAAGAACGGUACACGUAGCUUUCCAAGUCAAUCAGGGAUAAAAAACUGGGAAACUGGUACGGGAUUUUCAUCUGGUCAGAGCUUUGGGAACUCACAAGCAGGAAAACCCAACUAUUUCCCCGAAUUCAUUCCGAAGGUUAAUAAUGUUAACAGAGAAUUAUCUGCUAUGGAACUCAGAAGGAUGCUGAUCGAGAAAGCACGGUUGGAGAUACGCAAGAAGUUAAAUGAAUGGGAAUCAGCUAAGGCGGUUAGAAUUUCCGCCAAAGAGAAAGAGAAGUCCAAACAGAAGAAGUCAAAACUUGUAAAUCAUGCUGCUAGGCAGGAUUCGGAAAGUGAGGAAUCUCCUGAUGCUGGUGUUGCUGAGCAAGAGGCUAUUGAGAUGGUCACAAUGACUGUACCCGAUCCCGAUUUUCAUAUUUUUGAUUCGGAUAGAUCAGAAAGUUGUUUUGGCGCCAAUCAAGUUUGGGCUGCUUAUGAUAAUGAUGACGGAAUGCCCCGUUUCUAUGCCAUAAUCCAUGAGGUCCUUUCAACUGAUCCUUUCAUGGUGAGAUUGAGCUGGCUCAACUCCAAAACGAGCUCUGAGUUCGGUCCUAUAGACUGGGUAGGUAAUGGUUUCAAUAAAACCUGUGGGGAUUUCCGCGUUGAGAAGCGUGAACUAUUCGAUUCACUUAAUUCGUUCUCUCACAAAAUUAAGGGGGUCAACGAGAGUGGUGAAGUUAUUCAGAUAUACCCACGAAAAGGAGAGAUUUGGGCUCUAUACAAGAACUGGUCUCCCAAUUGGAAUAAAGAUACCGUACCAGAAGAUAUCGUUCAUGCCUAUGAAAUGGUGGAGGUGCAAAAUGACUACAACGAAAAGCAAGGUGUCGAUGUUUCUCCUAUCGUGAAAGCUACUGGUUUUCGAACUGUCUUCUAUAAGCAGCCUGAUCCUAAUCAGGUAAAGCAUAUUCCUAAAUCGGAAAUGUUCAGAUUCUCGCAUCAAGUUCCAAGCCAUGUCCUCACAGGCGAAGAAGGUCCAAACGCUCUUAAGGGUUAUGUAGAACUAGACCCGGCUGCAACCCCGUCUGAACUCCUUCAGGUUACUCCAUCAGGCACGUAGGAUCCUCUAACGGGAGCCUGACCCGACUCAACGGCUGAUUAGAUAGGUCUGAUUAGCUCAGGCAGCUGAAAACAAGCAGCCGUGUCGUGUCAUUUAGCUGGUAUUUCGACCCACAUAUUACGAGCGACUAUUUGGGUCUUUGUUUAUUUGUCCUUUUGGUUUGGGGGGUAACACAGGGGAACUUGCUGGUUUUGCUGAUGAAUGUACAUUCAUGAACAAAACCUCAAAGUUGCAUCAGUUUUUGUUUAGAGUAGUGGUUUAGAAGGGGUGUAUUAAUUAUAGUUGAUCAAUGUAGAAUUUAUAGAUUGAAACUUUUUGUUAAAUCAGCUCCGAAGAUGGCAGAUUUCUUCCAAACAUGUAUUUUUGGAACUCCAAAUUGUACAUCACAUUUUCUCUUGUCUCAUUUAGAUUGCUAUAUUUGACGCUGGAGUAGCUAUAUAUCCAUGCAUGGUUGAUCUUUGGCCAUCAAUAUGAGUUUACUUUGCUUUUCUUUUUUC